UGUGUAGAGAAAGAUCUCAAGAGGAAGUAAAGAAGUAAUGAGAUAGCAGCCUUGGAAGCCUUUCUCUGUGUUUGUUAGAAGGCAAGGAAAGAAUCCAUUGUUUGGAGGGAAGUUUCCUGCAAGAUCUUAGCCACCUCAUUUCAAACCCUUUUAGUAUAAAUUCAACCUGAGAUAUUUUUUUUUCCUUAAACCCACCUGUUCUCUGUUGCUCUCUCAUCUCUCGUUCUUCCACCCUCUCCUCUCUGCAUUUGAAGCUUUUGAUUCAUAUUCUGUGAGUAGUCUUUAGAUCUCUUAAAACCCAUCUUCACAAAAUGGGAGUUGGAGGCACUUUGGAGUACUUAUCUGAUUUGAUGAGUAGUGGGCAUAAACACAAGAAGAGGAAGCAAUCACAGACUGUGGAGCUCAAAGUCAGGAUGGAUUGUGAAGGCUGUGAGCUUAAAGUCAAGAAAACCCUCUCUUCAUUAAGUGGAGUUAAAUCUGUGGAUAUAAACAGGAAACAGCAGAAGGUGACUGUAACUGGGUAUGUUGAUGCAAACAAGGUGUUGAAGAAGGCCAAAUCAACAGGGAAAAAGGCUGAGCUUUGGCCCUAUGUUCCUUACAACCUAGUGGCUCAGCCCUAUGCUGUUCAUGCUUAUGACAAGAAGGCUCCCCCUGGGUAUGUCAGGAAUGUAGAGCAACCCCCCAUCAGUGGUACUGUGACAAGAUAUGAAGACCCUUACAUCACCAUGUUCAGUGAUGAGAACCCAAAUGCUUGUUCUAUUAUGUAGCUUAAGAAAGUAGUAUUAAAUGCCCUGUUUUUUUAUCUACCUCCCUGCUCCUAAAUCCCACCCACUUCUGUAAAAUCUCUUUAUUUUUUCCUUUUGUCUUUUCAUUUUCAAGAAAGAUAGUGAGAGGAUUAGCAGUAGAUGAAGGGAUCUGUGAUCAUUAUUAGUAUUACUCUUUCUAACUUUGCUGUGAGUGGUUUUGAUGGCCAUGGAGAUGUGGAAUGGUUUUAGGUAUUUGAUGGAAAUAGUGUGGGUUGUUAUGAGACAACUAGUACUAGAGGUACUUUAUAUUGUUGUCCUUAUGCAUGAUGUUAUGGUUUCUCUUUUAUUUAUGGAAUGGAGAUGGCUUGUGUA